UCCGUGGCGCGAGCGGCCAAUGGGCGCCUGCUCCCUGCGGGCUCCGCCCCGUCCCGCCCACGCGGUCCCGGCCGCCGUCGCCAGCCCGGGUGCUUGUGGGGCUCCGGGAGGGCAGAGCCGGGCUCACCCGGCGGGGAGAUGGUCGGGCUCUCGGUGCCCGCUGAGGUCACCGCAAUCCUGUUGGAUAUCGAAGGUACCACCACCCCGAUUGCUUUCGUGAAGGACAUUUUAUUUCCUUACAUCAAAGAAAAUGUGCAGGAGUAUCUGCAGACACACUGGGAGGAGGAGGAGUGUCGGCAGGACGUCAGCCUUCUGAGGAAGCAGGCUGAGGAAGAUGCCCACCUGGAUGGUGCUGUUCCUAUCCCCACGGCGUCUGGGGAAGGGGCGGAUGACCUCCAGCAGACGAUCCAGGCUGUGGUAGACAAUGUGCGCUGGCAGAUGUCUCUGGACCGGAAGACCACAGCGCUCAAACAGCUGCAGGGCCACAUGUGGAGGGCAGCGUUCACAGCUGGACACGUGAAAGGAGAGUUCUUUGAAGACGUAGUCCCCGCGGUCAGGAGGUGGAAAGCGGCUGGAAUGAAGGUGUACAUCUAUUCCUCAGGGAGUGUAGAGGCCCAGAAACUGUUAUUUGGGCAUUCUACAGAGGGAAAUGUCCUUGAGCUUUUUGAUGGUCACUUUGAUACCAAGAUCGGACAUAAAGUGGAGAGUGAGAGCUACCGGAAGAUUGCAGAUAGCAUUGGAUGCUCACCCAGCAACAUCUUGUUUCUGACAGACGUUACUUUAGAGGCCAGUGCUGCCGAGGAAGCGGAUGUGCAUGUAGCCGUGGUGGUGAGACCUGGCAACGCGGGGCUGACAGAUGAUGAGAAGACUUACUACCGGCUCAUCACCUCCUUCAGUGAGCUCCACCUGCCUUCGUCCACGUAGACAGGGUUUCUGAGGACCCCUCAGUGCCUACCUUUAUUCCAGUGGUAAAGGUGUACCUAUGUGUGCUCAAAUUAACCUCCAAGGGCACAUAGUGGAAAGAAGUCUUCAGUUCAUUGAAAAUGAAACUUAUUUAAAGAUGCUUUAUAUGGAGACACUGUUUGAGACUAUGACUAUCCCUUAUUGUAAACAAAGUGUAGUUGACAGAAGAAAUUGUUAAACUACAGAUCAGGUGUGUUAGUGUUAUCAGGUCAUUACCAAAAUGGAAACCCAGUUUUAAGAUAUUAUUCAGAAGUCUCUUUUUUUUAAACUGCAAAUAAUGUCAGAGAGAUUCCCAGUAAUAAUUCAUUGUCCCUGUGAACAUGAGUUAUAGGAUUCUAACAGCUGCAUUUCAUAUUUCCUUCCCUGUGUGCAAAUGAAAAAGUUGACCAGUUUCUGUUCAGCUAGAGCUUUGAUCAAUCAAGUGUCUGUUAUGUAAGAAGAGAUUUGCUAAUCAUGUGGUUCCCAUAACAAACAUUUGUCUUCUCCAUAAAAGAGUGCACUGAUUCAACAGCUGAAAGAGGAAGGUGAUGCUUAAUGUUUAACAGAACAGUCCUAAUCCUGCUGGUUGUUAUCACAGAUUUUACAGUUGCCUUUCUAACUGUGUCUUAGCACAGUUUGAGAAUAUAUGUUAAUUGCUAUGUACUGUUUUUUUUUUAAAUUUACUGAAAUCGGCCUGUAACACCAAAAAAAAAGCUGUAGUACAUAAAAUUUUCCUCUGAAAUAGACGUGAGAAAUGUAAAUUUUAUAACAGCAUUAGUUAUGUUGGUUCAGUUCUAAUACAAUUGCAUGUCAGUUUCAUGUUGUGAUUAAUAAAAGCAUUUUCUUCUCUUAA